GUGGAGAGGAGAACUGAAGCGGGGGGACAAGGACUGGGUAGAGUGGGACGGGAGACUAGAGAUGCAAGCUGUCCCGCGCACGGAAGACCCCCCGUUGGAGUGUCUGAACUAGGCUGCAAUGGACUCUUCACUCCACCGGCGACUCGACGGCAUACAGGACCAACACUAGACCAGACCCAAGCCUGACUCCGACCAGACUGGCCCUGGUUAUGAUCAUCUGCAGUCUGGCUCUGGCUCUGAAAGGAAAGGGGGUAAGAUGUUUGUGGAGUCUGUGGUUCGAUGGGCAGCGUUGGGCAUCCUGCUGCAGGCCGGACUACAGGUGUCAGCAGAAAGUUGCCCUCCACGGUGCGUGUGUCCACACGAGGCGAAGGAAGUCAUCUGCUCCGGCAAACAUUUGAACACCAUCCCAGAGGGUUUUUCCGGCGAUGCAAGGCGUCUGGAUUUGUCCUACAACAAGAUUAGGACUGUAUCGCGCCGGCAGUUCUCUGGCCUCCCGCAACUUCAAGAGCUCGACCUUAGCGAGAAUCUAAUCUCUAUGAUUGAGGUGGAUGCUUUCCAGGGACUACAGAUCCUCAGGACACUUCGGAUUAAAAACAAUCGACUCAAGAUCAUUCCUGUCGGGGUUUUUUCUGGCCUGUCCAGUCUACGAUUUUUGGAUCUGAGCCAGAAUGAGAUUCUGGUCUUCCUCGACUACACAUUCAAAGAGAUGGUGAACCUGCAGACGCUUGAGGCUGAUGAGAAUGACUUGGUGUUCAUCUCUCAGCGGGCUUUUGUGGGUUUGCAUAGUCUGCAGGAACUUAACAUAGAUCGUAGUAAUUUGACGUCUAUUCCCACCGAGGCGUUGUCUCAGCUCCAGAGCCUGAUGCGCCUUCGCAUGCUCCGUCUCACCAUUUCCACUCUGCCUAACAAUGCUUUCCGUCGGCUGCACCGUCUACACACCCUGAUCAUGGUCAGUUGGCCAACUCUGGACACGAUGGCGAGCAACAGCCUGAUUGGACUCAAUUUGACUGCUCUGGUCAUUAGCAACUGCAACCUCAGUGCUGUGCCAUACUCAGCUCUCCGUCACCUGGUACACCUGCGCUUCCUAGACCUGUCCUAUAACCCCAUCACUGUUAUUCAAAGUAACCUGUUGGGGGAUCUCCUUAGACUCCAAGAGUUACAUCUUGUCGGGGGGAAUUUGCUACGUAUAGAACCAGGGGCUUUCAGGGGCCUAACCUACUUUCGCAUGCUUAAUGUUUCAUCCAAUCACCUCACGACUUUAGAGGAGAGCACCUUGCAUUCAGUGGGAAACCUUCAGGUUCUCAGACUGGAUGGGAAUCCCCUAGCUUGCGACUGCCGCCUGCUAUGGGUGGUACGUCGGCGAUUGCGCCUGAACUUUGACGGACACCAGCCCACGUGCUCUACCCCCGACACCGUGAGGCAGCGAGAAUUCAGAGACUUUUCGGAAAAGGAGCUGCCGAGGCUGUUUACCUGCCGUCCCACCCGUAUAUUAGAUCGUAGGCCGCAGGAGGCCAGGGUGGAGGAAGGCACCACGGUUCUGUUCUCCUGCAAGGCUGAUGGUGAUCCAGCUCCAUCCAUCACCUGGAUCUCGUCCCACAAGAAUAAAGUCUCUUCAACGGGAAGAAUCAGGGUUUUGCCUAAUGGUACUCUGGAAGUCCGGUAUGCACAGGUCCAUGACAGCGGCACCUAUCAGUGCCUCGCCGGCAACGCUGCCGGCAACGACAGCCUGACAGUCGGCCUCUAUGUAAAAGCGGUCGCUCGAAACCGAACUAUCCCCUUCUUCACCGAGGAAGACUGGCUGGAGCCCCCGGUCCCCCAAGCUACCAAUUCCUCGGCCGAAACGGCCAGGCCCUACCCUUUUGACGCCAAGACGCUGAUCAUCGCCACCACCAUGGGCUUCUUGUCUUUCCUCAGCUCGGUGGCCAUCUGCUUUGUCUUCAUGUUCUUCUGGAGCCAGAGCAAGGGCCAAAUCAAGCACACGGCCACCAUUGACUUUGUUCCUCGCUCCUCCAUGGGCGGGGGAGGAGACGGCGGGGACGGUGGCAGGUUCACCAUGAAACUUAUUUAAAGCCGACUACGCAGUUUGGACCUUUAAGGACUCCUCUUUCGGAGUCAGCGAGUCGGGCUACUUACCACUCACCGUAACUCGCGCACUUCAUACCGACAUGCAUUCUGGGUCUACCAAACCUUUUCAAGUGCUCGUCCCGCAUUGCAGCGUCUUUAUUGCCAACACAAGCCGUGGAGCUGAAGAGACCGUGGCAGUGAAACACGUUGAGUGGCGGCCUCACGGGCACGUUUGCGAGUCGCACCAAGGACUGCCGGCUUAAUGUACACAAGGAACGACACGCUUUGGUUUCUUUACCGCAUCUAUCACUUUUUUUAUAUAGCAUGGAAACUCUCCUUUCUUUUGUAGCUGCGCAACACUGGAGAAUAUGUGCCUCAGUAACGGAGAAUAUGCGGAUCUUGUGACUAUUUAGGUCAAGGACGUGGGUGAGUGCUGGCUUACUUCUGUCUCUCAGUUACUCCCGACAAACUGUUUCUAUUUUUUUGGAUUUUGCCAACUUCAUUAGCCUACGCACAUUUAAGGUGAUUAAACGACGCUGUCUCAA